UGAGAUUUGGUUACCUCUUGGUAAACCCCAAGCCUACCCCUUCCAUCCAAAUGAACUCUUCACACACUCACAUAGUUUUUCUUGUUUGCAUAUGCAUAUCCGCCUUCAGAUACCCAAAUCUAUUGAAGAUCCAUUCUCUUAUCUCUUGAAUCUAUUACCAUCAACAUUUCAUACUAAGAAAGUGAGAAAAUCAAUUGAUGCCUGGCUCAUACGCUGGCCUUCCAUAUGUGCAAUUCUGCUUGGAGAUGGACUAUCUAGCUUCACUCCCAAAUCCCUAAACCCUCUGACUAUCAUCUUCUUUCAAUACAACAACGAUUUUCCGAUAGUUAACUAUUAUCACUUAUACAUACACUUUAACAUUUUCCCUUUUAUCCCAAAAGGGUUUUUCUUUCCUUUUUUUUAUAUAUAUACAUAUAUAUAUAUACAUAUAUAUAUAGCAAUCUGACCAGGGCAAAGCAGCAUAUAAAUGCUAAUGUGCUCAUUGGUCAUUUUUUAAUUUUUUAAAUAAAAUUAUUCUUUAAUCGUAUAGCUUGCUGGGAGAGUUUUUGUGCUGGAUACAACAGCGUCACAUACGAUAUGGUUCCUGUAAAUGGCUAUUCACAUUACUUAACAGCCGCUUGUGUUGAACUCGCUACUACGUACACAAAUGCCAUUGUAGAAGUUUUUGAAUCAAGAGUAAAGUCAUAUAUGAUGUAUGAGAUUUCAAAAUUAUUCACACAGCAAUUUUCAUAUAAGAAACAGUAUUUAUAACUAUUGCUAUCAAUGUAUCUGCAGUGGUUCGCCAGUCUGGCCCAAUGAACUACCUGAAAAGUACAACGAUAAAAAAAU